AAGACCUAAUCAACAAAAACCCCUAAAUCCUCCAUUCUCAUUACUUCGUCUUUCUCCUCCCUCCCAAGAGCGCCGUCAAGAAGCAACUUCAUUCGCCGGAGCUUCAGUCUUUCCGAGUUAAGGAAGUUCAGUCAGCUGCUGCAAAGAUGGGUCGUGUUCGUACCAAGACCGUGAAGAAGACCUCCCGCCACGUCAUCGAGAUGUACUACUCGAAGAUGACUCUCGAUUUCCACACGAACAAGAAGAUCAUGGACGAGGUCACCAACAUCCCGACCAAGCGUCUCCGCAACAAGAUUGCCGGAUUCUCCACCCACUUGAUGAAGCGUAUCCAAAAGGGACCCGUUCGCGGAAUCUCACUCAAGCUGCAGGAGGAGGAGAGAGAGAGGCGUAUGGACUUCGUGCCCGACGAGUCGGCCAUCAAGACCGACGUUAUCGAGGUUGACCAGGAGACCAUUGACAUGCUUACUUCCCUCGGAAUGGCUGACCUGCCCGGAGUUGUUAAGCAGACCGCUGAAGCUCAGGGUGUUGUGCCUGUUGCCGCUGGUUAUGGCCGUGGCGGCGGCGGUGGUGGUUUCGGAAAGAGAUACUGAAAUGUUUUGGUUUAAUUGUUUUUUUUUUUUGGAAAAGAGGGAUUAUUGAACUUUCUGGUUUUUUGGCUAUGAUGGUUGUUUAGGGUUAUGUUUUAGUUUAUUUCUUCGAAUGGCGUUUUAAUUGUGUUUUAGUCGAGACUGAUCUUUUCGAAGUGACGGUUUAUAUAAGAACUAUUUGUUUUUGCUGAAUUA